AUGAUAAUCCUGGAUAACUUCGAAGAAUCGUGUUCGUACACUUUCCGAACAAGAGCCGGACAAUUUCUCAGGAGGUCAGUGUUCGGGAAGUUUCACGGAUCACAGUGUUAUUUUCACUUAAGCGGAAAAUAUGCUGAAAUUUCAAUUUUGGAGUUAAUACUAUAUAUUCAAAUUUGCUCACAAAUUCAAGAGGAGCUCUCAUAUUUUCAAAAAAUAACACUUUCCCUCGUUAUUCUCUCUUUCAACUCUCUCUUCUCCCUCACCUUGCACCACCAUAAACCACCACCAACUCCGGCCAAGCUCCCACCAGAACUCCCUCCUCCGACCACCACUGUGACCACGCCACCGCCGCCUAGAUCUGACGACCUUCUCUCUCCGCUCAACGGUGCUUCGCGUGCUAACUCCCUAUGUUCUUCACCGUGCAAGUUGCGCGCAUCGGGCCUCCCUCCGGCCGCGUCCCUCCAUUUCCCGCGCCCAUCCCCACCGUGUCCUUCCUCUUCUUCCGACGAGUUAUUUUCUUGGGUCAACACUCAUCAUCUUCAUCUUCUUCCUUUUUCAAGUGUUGCUCCAAAAGCUUGUGGCGCCUUCCGAGUUUCUUACCCUCGUUGA